UAGUUCGUUUUCUCCCAUUGAAUUCCACUAUAAUGGAAAAGCCUUAUUAAAAAAAUUAAGAAAAUUUCCAGUGUUAAGCAUGCAAGUUGAUAAGUUCUGACAAAUGUGUAAUCAUAUAAUUACCACCGAAAGUGAGAGACAAAAGAUUGUCAGCAAUGCCUCCUGCACCACCAACUGCUUGGCCCCCCUGGCCAAGGUCAUCCACGACAACUUGGGCAUCUUGGAAGGACUUAUGACCACAGUCCACGCCAUUACUGCCACCCACAAGACUGUGGACGGCCCCUCGGGGAAGCUGUGGCGUGGUGGCUGUGGGGCUGCCCAGAACAUCAUCCCAGCAUUGACCGGGACUGCCAAGGCUGUGGGCAAGGUCAUCCCGGAGCUGAACGGGAAGCUCACCGGCAUGGCCUUCCGUGUCCCCACCCACCUGACCUGCUGCCCGGAGAAAGCUACCAAAUACGAUGACAUCAAGAAGGUGGUGAAGCAGGCGUCACAGGGCCCCCUGAAGGGCAUCCUGGGCUACACUGAGGACCAGGUCGUCUCCUGCGACUUCAACAGCGACACCCACUCCAUCUUUGAUGCUGGGGCUGGCAUUGCCCUCAAUGACAUCUUCGUAAAUCUCAUUUCAUGGUACGACAAUAUCUCUGGUUCCAGAAACAGGGUGGUGGGCCUCAUGGUCCACAUGGCCUCCAAGGAGUAGAGCUCCCGACCACCAGCCCCA